AUGGCCCCGUUUCAAUGGGAUCAGGCCCUUGGGCUCACCUUGAUGGUCUGCGGGAUCAUCCAGUUUCCACGAAUCUGUUUCUGUCUGGCAAUAUCUUGGUUAUCGUGGAAGACCGUUGUUUUGUGGUACGCUGUGCUGGGCAUUUACCCAUUCCUGGAGAACAUUGCGGGACCAUUGACGCGGGCGAUACUCUUGGAUCCAUGGCGGGCUGGGUAG